CAAAAGUAUCCGUAAGAUGUCGGCUGCAGGAACCAAGAACGAGGGACGAAGUAGAUUUAGUGACGAACAAAUCCGGUUCCUUGAGUGCAUGUUUGAGACACACUCGAGACCCGAGUUGAAGAUGAAGCAAGAGCUUGCGAAAACACUCGGGCUUCAACCACGCCAGGUGGCCAUAUGGUUCCAAAACAGAAGAGCCCGGUCAAAGUCAAGGCAGAUCGAGGAAGAGUUUAACAGCCUCAAACAUAACUACGAGAUGUUGGCAUCGAUGUCCGAGUGUUUAAAAGAAGAGAAUCGAGCCUUGGUUACGCAGUUGCAGACGCUAAGAGAACUUGCGAAAACACAAGAAGGAAGCGUAACUUUGACGCGAAACUUCACCAACAAGAACAAUAAUGAAGACUUGGGUCCCGUUUCAGUGGCAAACGACUCAAAAUUUAUAUCAGAAGAUUGUCGCCAUGAAAUUAGUGUCCCGUUUUAUGGUGGUACUUCAUAUGUUGGAGAGGAUGAUAUAAUCUUAGACAUUGAAGACUACGGCUUUUUCCAAGAUGGUGGGGGGUCUAGGGGAUUUUUGGGAUAAAUUAAUGUUUUAUGAUGUUACAUAUUAGUACUUAUUGAAGAAUACGGCUUUGUCCAAGAUGGUGGGGGGUCUAGGGGAUUUUCGGGAUAAAUUACUGUUUUAUAAUGUUACAUAUUAGUACUUAAAAGAGUGUUUGUUAUUAGACGGAAACAAUAACGAGUAUUGUAACUAGACGUGGCAAUUGAUUUAUGUGAAAAUGCGAUCAUUUUGGUUA